AUGCAUGGACAGGAUACGCUAGACUCCUUGAGAGGAUUCCCAUCAUCUCCAGAGCUUGCUUCUAAGAGCCUGGAACCAGUAUUUGAUGAAAUUCCCUGGCCCGGCAUACCUCGUGGUCGGACUCCACUUCUCGUAUUCCUUCUCACUUCAGGUUUCAUAGAUUUUCUCAAGCCGUCUCAUAACUUUAUUCCUUCUAUCAUUGAGAAAUGCUCCGCCCUUUCGAGAUCUGAUCAUGUAUUCGAUGUUCUGGCAGCGGUUGUCGACCGCAUCCCGUGUCCCAAGUCUCUCGAAUUAAGCGACCAUGGAAUCAAGAAUCGAGAAAGCCUUUCCUCUACAAGAUCUCUGAAUGGCUAUCCCGGAAUUUCUGUGGCCGUACUGGAUUCAGAUCUUGCCACACCUGCAUUAUGGUUGGACAAACGACUCUCAACGCAAGACAACGCCGAAUCCGAUCGAGGUCUUCCCUCUCUACGAUUUCAAAUUACGGAUGAGGAAGGAUAUUCGACGUCUCUACAAUCACCUGUAGCAAACACGGUAUUUCAAAACAACAGGCCCAGUACGCUAAUUGCGCAAAGAUGGAAGCGGGAGCGAUCCGCGGAUGGAUAUUUUUCAAUUUCCCUCCUCGAACAAAAAGAUGUAGAACAUCAGACCAUUAUGAUACCUGGUAACGGGCGGCCGUUUAGUAGCAACAUUUAUUGCCCUCUGCUACCAAUUACGGAACCAAGGGUUGUCUCAGCUGUAAGUGGCAAUGUUGUUCGCCAGAUAGAAAAUGCAAACGGUGAGCCCCAGCCGGCAUCUCAAGAACUGGAAGAGGCGAUCGGCAAUAGGUCUCGGGCCGAAGCAUUCGGAAAUGGCCCAGCUGGCGUAUGGGCUAUGAUAGAGUCAUACUCUGACAGAAGUGAAGCGCGUGACAUUGGUCUGAAAAUAAGAGAGGGCGCCCAGCUUCGCAAGGUGCUUAGUGGAGGAGGAGGCUGGGGCCAGAAAAGAGGGCUAUUAGCACUCGAUCCUGACUCGGGCUAUGACGGAGUCACUCCUACAGAAUCGGAUAGUGACAGGUUAUCAGAAGGGGGCCCUUUCAUCAAUGCUGUCAAUCCAGGCGACAGCAUUACUUUUCUGACAAUGGAUCUUGAGUCAACGGCACAAACGCCAGAACCGAAGGCUUGGAAUAAUCUCCCCCAAAAGCAUGUCUCGGAUGUUUUCAAUCUGGAAGCCCAACAAAUUGACAUAGGUUGUGUGCCUUCUACAAUUGAUGACCUCAUUCUGGCAGGCGCGACCGGCCAAGGGUCCAAUACAAAUCAGCCCUCUUUUCUGAUUCAGAAAUACUUUGGCAUGCUUUCCGAGCGAGGGCUCAGCAUAAAGUAUGAUGAUCAGCCGUCGAUUGAUGCGUCUGCAAUGACAGAGUCAGAAAUUACUGGUCACAGCCGCAGUAAAGUGACCAAGCUAGACCCUCCUUACAGCUUGGUCACGUUUCGGAGAAAAGCAGUGUCUAUGAUGGAAAAGCAAGCAAACAGCUCAGCAAAACGGGGGAAAGCAGAAAUCCCUACAGUCGAAGCAGCGUCCAAUGAUGAAGACUUAAAGAUCCGCCUGAACGCUUUGGCGACAGCAUAUCGAAUUCGAAAGGCCACUGGUAAACCUAAAGAUUCCAUAUCAGAAGCAUGGUUGGAUGUUUCCACUGCCUCCGAGAAAGUUGCCAAUACCAUCCAAUACGUAAGCUCAGAACAAAAAGCUAAUGAAGGCAAACGCAAAGACGAAUCGAAGAAAGACGGUGGCAAAUCGAAAUCCUCAUCUUCCCCAAGCCAAGACACCUUGACAGUGAGAAGGUUCAUCUCUCUCUUCGCCGGGUCAGCGGAGGAACAGUCGCUUCAAAAAUUCAAAGCUGAGAAAAUUUCUCUAAGCGAUGAGGACCAGAGAGAAUUUAAACUCGCCUUGUUGCAAACGUCAUCAACUGCAGGGGCUAUGGACCAGGUCGAAAAACUUAAGAUUUCAGUGCCUGUCCGGACCCAUCUCUCGGCCUCUAAGAAGCAAAAGGAAGUCGUGAUACGAAAGCAAUUCACAGUAUUGCCCGGAGAUGAGGUCUAA